GAUUAUUUUUGGCUCCGCAGCCGGGGCUGCUCGCUGCUCGUCGCGCUCUCUCACACACACAGACACACACGCACACACACACAUGCACAUAUUUUCUCGCGCUCUCUCCCGCUCUCCUUUGUUUAUUUUCUAAUCUAUAUUUUUGUUGGAAGAUUUCCUCUCUAUUCUCUGCCGCCCGCCUGCAAGCGCUCUUGCUGGCCGUCUGCGUGGACACACCGCUCCCUCGAUCACCCCAGCCCCCUUCCCGGUCUCCCGAGCGCAGGGUUUGAAGGUCACCUCCUUUCCAGUCCCCGUGCGAGCCGCGCUGCCGCCGCCUCCUCCAGCCGGAGCCGGUGGGACUGGCUGCGCUGCCCUGAAGUGGUUCUCCAAGCAGCGCGGCGGGCGGCGGACGGCGGACGGAGCACGGAGCCCAGAGGCCGCGUCGGGUGGGGAAACCCGAACUCGCGGAGGGGAAUCCCUCCCCCUUCGUCCCAGCCCCUCAGCAGCACCCGCGGUGGGGCGGGGGCGCUCUGCCAGCCCCGGGAACAGCAGAGGCGGCGGCACUGGCUGGACCCACGCGCGCGCCUCCGGGGCUGAAGAAGGAAGGAGUGAGCCGAGCUGAGCACCCCGCAUCUGGAGGGGACAGCCAGCCGUGGGCCCCGCCCCGGCGUCCGGGGCAGGAGAACUCCGAGCCUCUUGCCCAGGCAGAGAGAGCAGGAGCGGACCGCGCGCCGGGGAUUGAGAGUCCUUGCGCUCCAGACACCCACCCAGUGGCCGCCAGGGUCCCCGACUGUCCGGACCCUCGCCGCGCCCAGGCAGGCGCGCCAGGGCGGGGCUGACCUGCCCGCGAAGUUGCAGACAGUGCGUGAGAAGCCAGCACCCCCUUCCGCCGCCUCCAGCUUAUGGUGAGUGUGACUGGGGGUGCAGAGAGCGCACGGGAAUUCGGGGGUCUGGGGCCGAGAACGCGACCGCAGCCGGGCUCGCCGGGAGUUCUAGGAAACUGGUCAAAGAACUCAUGCAAGUGGAACUUACAACUUCCUUGAUCGGACUCAGCAUUCAGAUAUCAAAGCAGACUGCAAUACCUGCGUGGAAAUAGAAGACAGAAAGGUUUCAAGACAACAGAUGAAUUGUGAAAGAGAGCAGCUAAGGGGUAAUCAGGAAGCAGCCGCUGCCCCUGACACAAUGGCUCAGCCUUAUGCUUCGGCCCAGUUUGCUCCCCCGCAAAACGGUAUCCCCGCGGAAUACACGGCCCCUCAUCCCCACCCCGCGCCAGAGUACACAGGCCAGACCACGGUUCCCGAGCACACGUUAAACCUGUACCCUCCCGCCCAGACGCACUCCGAGCAGAGCCCGGCGGACACGAGCGCUCAGACCGUCUCCGGCACCGCCACACAGACAGAUGAUGCAGCACCGACGGAUGGCCAGCCCCAGACACAGCCUUCCGAAAACACGGAAAACAAGUCUCAGCCCAAGCGGCUGCAUGUCUCCAAUAUCCCCUUCAGGUUCCGGGAUCCGGACCUCAGACAAAUGUUUGGUCAAUUUGGUAAAAUCUUAGAUGUUGAAAUUAUUUUUAAUGAGCGAGGCUCAAAGGGAUUUGGUUUCGUAACUUUCGAAAAUAGUGCCGAUGCGGACAGGGCGAGGGAGAAAUUACACGGCACCGUGGUAGAGGGCCGUAAAAUCGAGGUAAAUAAUGCCACAGCACGUGUAAUGACAAAUAAAAAGACCGUCAACCCUUAUACAAAUGGCUGGAAAUUGAAUCCAGUUGUGGGUGCGGUCUACAGUCCCGAAUUCUAUGCAGGCACGGUCCUGUUGUGCCAGGCCAACCAGGAGGGAUCUUCCAUGUACAGUGCCCCCAGUUCACUUGUAUAUACUUCUGCAAUGCCAGGCUUCCCGUAUCCAGCAGCCACCGCCGCGGCCGCCUACCGAGGGGCGCACCUGCGAGGCCGCGGCCGCACCGUGUACAACACCUUCAGGGCUGCGGCGCCCCCGCCCCCGAUCCCGGCCUAUGGCGGUGUUGUUUACCAGGAUGGAUUUUAUGGUGCAGACAUUUAUGGUGGUUAUGCUGCAUACCGCUACGCCCAGCCUACCCCUGCCACGGCCGCUGCCUACAGUGACAGAAAUCAGUUCGUCUUCGUUGCAGCAGAUGAAAUUUCUUGUAACACCUCUGCAGUUACGGACGAGUUUAUGCUGCCGACCCCUACCACCACGCACUUGCUCCAGCCCCCACCUACGGCGUUGGUGCCAUGAAUGCUUUUGCACCUUUGACUGAUGCCAAGACUAGGAGCCAUGCUGAUGAUGUGGGUCUCGUUCUUUCUUCAUUGCAGGCUAGUAUAUACCGAGGGGGAUACAACCGUUUUGCUCCAUACUAAAUGACAAAACCAUAAAAACCUUCCAAUGUGGGGAGAAAGGAAGCUUUCCGAGGCCUGAGUAUUGCAAUACAUGCAGUAGUACAUCAUUUUAGCAACUCUAAAAAAAAAAAAAAAAAAAAAAAAAAUACAAAUAAAAAGGAAAAAAAUUACAUUUUUUAUCUUAUACCUCAGAUAUUUUGUUCUGUGUAUUUUAAUAUUGUGGGUCUUUAAUUUCUGAAGGUUCCGUAGUUUGGUUGCUGGCUGUAGGAGUUUUUGUGGUUGAUCUAGACAGACGCUAGAUAUGAAUAAAAACUGGUUUAGGGCCAUAUCCAGAGUGCUAUAUUAUGUAAAUGAAUUAUAUAUGCUGAAUAUUAAGCUAACUGGGGUUAUCAGCUGUUUGGGAAGAGUGUAAGUGACUACAGUAGUCAUUUUUUUCUGCAUCUGCAUUAUUUUAUUUUGUGAAAGGGAGGUUGGGAGGGGCUUAGGGGAUUGGAACUGGGGUUUGGCUGAAAGAAAAAAAAAAAAUUGUAACUGAUGAAUCUAAACGACCCACUGCACCAACAAUCAUAUAUCAAUGGUUCUAAGUUACUCAUUGCCAGUUCAAGCCAAAGGUUAUGUUGUUAAGGGGGUGCUUCUAGUAGCACUUGUGCAUCUGAGUUGAAUGAAGCUGUGCAAACCCACCCUUUAAACCAUUCCACCCAGCAGUAUUCAGCUUCUUAACCAGUCGCUAUUUAGGGAGGAAAAAAAACCCGCUAGUUAGGCCAUCAAACAUUCUUUUUAUAUUUCUUCCAGUAUAAUAAAUUAUUGAUAUCAUUGCUGACUUUUAUAUUAUGGGAGGGAAAAAAUAACAUUAAUAAAAAGGUGAUAAAAAGCACUGUUUCUAUUUUUUUUUUUUCCAAAAAAAGAAAGUAAUAACUUAAAUUCUUUGUACCAGUUAAAAAAUGUAUAAAAUUUACAUCUGUGCAGUGGAGUUGUUAAGUUCUAGAAACAGUCUAUGAAGCUUUAGUUUUAGCCUAGUAGAACAACUGUUAGAGACAGACGUAUAAUUUUUAUGGAAUUACAUGAUAAUCAUAUUCGGAUUUAUAGAAGCAUUUUACAAGUAUUGCAAUCAUUGAGUAGAGAUAAUCAUGGUAUUUUCAUCAGCUUGGUACUUUUUGAAACGUGACUGCGUUGUGUGAGCAAUCUGCAAUUUUUCAGUCCGUGAGAUCCUGCCCUUUCCACCUCUUUCCCAUACCCAAGGAUUAUCUCAAAAUGAUCUCUUCAGUUCUGUCUCCAUGGCCCAGGACACUUGUCAAAAGGAUGCAAACAAACAAAGUAGAUCCAUCCUCUUCAUCCCAAAAGAACUAAGUCUCCCCACCUUUCUUGGAUGCAGGGCCAGAGUGACACAGCCGAAAAAUUGCAGUUUGUCUGUACUUCUGUUUGAACUUUCCACGUUGUCCUGUUUACAAGUUAACCUAAGUUGGGGUAUCUGUCACGGGUCUUCCUGUUUUUGUAUUUAAAUGAAAACAGCAGCAGGCUGUCCCUGAGUAGUUUUGCUGCCAUAGGUUAAGUCCUCAUGUGUACAGUGCAGGCCCUGUGGCACGCACUUCAGUAAGUUAUCAACUCACCGCUGUGAACCUGCCAAUCCGCUGUAACAACUCUGCUUUAAAACAAAACCAAACAAAACUUAAAAAAAAAAAGUGUGAUCCAGCUUUCUCUUGCCAUCCUAUGUGCAUGCCGUAAGAUCAGUUGGAUAUUAAACCAUCAAUAAAGUUUCACAAGAUUUGAAAACAAAGUUUCUGUAGCUUCGAUAUCUAAGACAGAUAGUGAUCUUGAUAAAAAAAGGGGGAGGGGGGGGAGAAGGUUUAUCAGCCAAAAGCAUAUGAAGUGUUCUUUUCACCACACUUCUUUGGGUGGGUAGGGGAGGGGCAAGGGGGUGUUUUACAGCAUCACUAAGACAUUCUCAUUCCCCUACCUGGAAAAUAGUGUUAUGGCAAUGGGUGCCUGGUUGAUGUUCUUAAAGGAAACGAGUUAUUAAAAUACGAUGGCAUCCUCUGGAGGGAAGAAAGAGUAGGAGCAGGGGGGCUAUGGAGAAUAAAUUUCUCCCGAUUGCCUCAGAUUUCAAAAUCCAGAAUUUGUAUUGUGUUUCGAAUCACAAACAUAGAAUUCUUACUGUGUUGGUUAAAGUAAAAUUCAUUUGCGGUUUUGAUUUUCAUCAAUGAGCUGUACUUUCCCCCAUGACUGUAUGCAGUUUUAAUAAAAUCAUUUAGAGUAAGUGGGUGCCAACUGAUGUUGCAGAAUCUUUUGUCUAGGCACUCCAAGAUGCCAAUAAGUCAUUUUAAAAAUGUAUGUCAGAGAUGUAAACAAACAUUUUGGAUUUUUUUUAAACAGUAUUUAUUUGGAAUGUUUUCAUUUAUCUAAGUAACUAUUGCUAUUAUGAAUUAUGGAAAAUUACUAUUAUGUGUGGCAUAUAGUGACUUCUUAACACACACAUCACGCAAUCUGCAAACCCAGAAAAUGUGUAUAUCUGUCUUUAGAAAUUAGUGUUUAUAUCACUUACAGUGGUUUGUGAAUAAAGAAAACUGGUUUGUAAUAUCAAAAAAAUAAAAGCUUAGUCUGAAAAGGU